AAUUUGAUUAGCUUUGAUUGCGGGACAGUUAAGAAUUCAGUAAUGCAUUCAGUGCCUAUAUAAUGGAGUAAUGUACACUACGUCUUAUUUAGCAGAAAGACAAUCCACCAAAAAGAACUGCAGGUGUAAAAUUUGCCUCGAUAUUCCUAGUCCCAGAAUGGCCAACGAAGAAGAAAAGAAGAUCCUACCCGAUUAUCAGGACACAGGCUAUGGAUUCAAGAUCGCAAAAAUGUUUUCGAUGGAUGCUUUCAAAUCUGCCCUGGAGUACAAACCUCGCCCCGAUGACCUGUUCAUCGUCACUUACCCCAAAUGUGGAACCACCUGGGUACAGAACAUAGUGGGCUGCAUCUUCCGGGAAGGAAAGCCCUUCACAUCGGCUAUCGAAUUUCUCACAGGUACUCCUUUCUUGGAGAUGGCAGGGGCAGAGGCUGCAAAAACCAUGAAGAGGCCCGGAGCAAUCAAGCUGCACCUUCCCUUUCAUCUGACACCAUACUCUAAAGAAGCCAAAUACAUAUUUGUGGCGAGAAAUCCAAAAGAUUGUGUCGUCUCUUUCUAUCACCAUACUCGAAAUAUCGUUGGCUACAAAUUCAAGAACGGCAAGUUCGACGACUACUUUGAAUUGUUCAUGAAAGGAGAAGUGGAUUUCGGAGACUAUUUCGAUUGCUUGCUGUCCUGGUACGAGCACCGAAACGAUCCAAAUGUGCUCUUCAUAACUUACGAACAACUCAAAGAAGACACAAAAAAGUAUACACUGAAAAUAGCCGAAUUCAUGGGUGAAAAGUACAAGGACAUGCUGGUGAAUGACGAAAAACUUUUAAACGACGUCAUAAAAUACAGCAGCUUCAGCUUUAUGAAAGAAACCAUGAAUAAGAAAGUUGCCGAAUUAGCAGCUUUGCCGCGGGAUGUAAUUCUCAACCACCCAGACUUACCUCAGGGACUCAAGGAUCUUCUGGUCGGAAAAGAUGAAGGGUUCUUUGAUCCGGAUCCAAAUAGUGUUACUUUUGUCCGAAAAGGUGUGGUUGGUGACUGGAGAAAUUAUUUAUCUCCCGAACAAAAUCAAAGACUGAAUGAAAGAUUUCAAGAAAGAACAAAGGGAACCGACAUCCCAGAGCUUUGGAAGGAUUACAUGUAACGACAAAAUGUAUUGGUUUCCAUAAAUAUUGUCUUGGAUAGUCAUAUUAAAAUCUGAGCUGAAGAGUUUAUUUCA